UGGCUGUAAGAGAGGGUUUCUGACCUCCGCGUCGCUCUGAUGUCACAACUCUGCUUCCGGUACGAACAGGAAGUUUCCGCUUGAGACGCCGCUUGUUUGCCUGAGAGAAGCCACAUAUUGAGUGAGAUGUCUAUGUCCCAUUUGUAUGGGCGUAGGGGAGAUGAUGAGGAGGAGGAUGGUGUGGAAAUUGAAAAGUUUGAGAUCUCUGAGUGGGAUUUAGCCAAUGAGUUCAACCCAGAGAGACGGAGGCAUAGACAGACUAAAGAAGAGAUGACUUAUGGGAUCUGGGCUGAACAUGACUCUGAUGAUGAGAGGCCCAGCUUUGGAGGCAAGAGAUCAAAGGAUUUCUCAGCUCCUGUAAACUUUGUGAGCGCUGGCCUACGGAAGACUGCAGCUGAGGAGAAAGCAGAAAAAGAGGGUUCAGAUGACUCCAGUCAAGAUGGAGAUACACCACCUCCACCCCGCACUUCUGCUCCCAAAAAACUCCAAACGGGUGGGAGCUUUAAGACAUCUCAGAGGUUUGCAGGUGGUAUAAGGGCAGGACAGGACCUGGGUACCUGGGAGAAACACACACGGGGCAUUGGUCAAAAACUCCUGCAGAAGAUGGGCUAUGUUCCAGGAAAAGGGUUGGGCAAAAAUGCUCAGGGUAUUGUGAAUCCGAUUGAGGCUAAGGUGCGGAAGGGGAAGGGAGCGGUUGGUGCAUAUGGAAAUGAAAGGACUCCGCAGUCCCUACAGGAUUUCCCACCUGUAGACUCUGAGGAGGAAGAGGAGAAAGAAUUUCAGCGGGAGUUGGGACAAUGGCGUAAAGAGCCAGGAGUGGUGAAGAAAAAGCCUAAAUAUUCUUACAAGACUGUGGAACAACUGAAAGCUCAUGGCAAACUGGCCAACCAGAGCAUGAGCAGGCCUGCUGGAGAACUGGCUCAGGUCAAGGUGAUAGAUAUGACAGGCAGAGAGCAGAAGGUGUACCACAGUUACAGUCACAUGAGUCAGAAACACAAUGUGCCCGAGGAAGCACCUUUGAGUGUGAGCACACGAGAACAGAAGACCUCUGGUUUCUCUCUGCCAGAGUUGGAACACAACAUCCAACUGCUCAUUGAGCUCACAGAGCAAGAUAUCCUACAGAGUGCUAGAAGUCUGCAGCAUGAGAAGGACACUGUAGUGACCCUGACCCAUGAGAGCGACACCCUGCAGGGUAGGCUGGCAGAGGAGGAAGAGGCUCUUCGUCGGUUAGAGCGUGUUCUGGACCUAGUGGAGCAUUUUGAGGCAGGUGAAAAGGAGGGCAGUCCUAAGCUCAGCCUUCAAGAAUGUGCUCAGGUCUUCCAGCAGCUGCAGACAGAGUUCUAUCAGGAGUACAAGACCAUGGGAUUGGGAGAUCUAGCUGUGUCUGUAGUGCAUCCUCUACUGAAAGAGAAACUGCACAACUGGGAUCCAUUGAAGGAUUGUUCAGAUGGUUUAGAGGAAGUUGGUCAAUGGAGGGCCAUUCUUGAAAGCUCGCUGUCUCUUCACAGCGGACCGGAUACUUCUCAGAUGGACCCUUACCACAGGUUGAUAUGGGAGGUGUGGGUUCCUGUCAUGAGGAUCUGUGUGUCUCAGUGGCAGACCAGGAACGUGGGCCCUAUGGUGGACUGUGUGGAGUGCUGGGCCCCUGUGCUACCACUUUGGAUUCUGGACCAUGUUCUGGAGCAACUUAUUUUCCCACGACUACAGAGAGAAGUGGACAACUGGAACCCACUGACAGACACGGUCCCCAUCCACUCAUGGAUUCAUCCUUGGUUGCCCCUGAUGCAGUCCCGCCUUGAGCCCCUAUAUGCACCAAUCCGCAGCAAACUUGCCCAUGCUUUACAACGCUGGCAUCCCAGCGAUUCAUCCGCCAGACUCAUUCUGCAACCCUGGAGAGAUGUCUUCACUCCUGGUGCCUGGGAGGCUUUCAUGGUCAAAAAUAUCGUCCCCAAACUCGCUUUGUGUUUAGGAGAGCUGGUAGUGAAUCCUCAUCAGCAGGUGUUGGAGCCAUUUACCUGGGUGAUGGAUUGGGAGGGCAUGCUCUCGGUCUCCUCCAUGGUGGGACUACUGGACAAGAAUUUCUUCCCCAAAUGGUUACAGGUGUUAUGUUCAUGGCUCAGUAACAACCCAAACUAUGAGGAGAUCACUAAGUGGUAUCUAGGCUGGAAGAGCUUGCUCUCAGAGAACCUGCUUGGUCACCCACUGGUCAAAGACAAACUGAACGAGGCUCUCGACAUUAUGAACCGUGCGGUUGCUUCCGGACUGGGUGGAUACAUGCAACCUGGAGCAAGGGAGAACAUCGCAUACCUCAUUCAGACAGAGAGAAGGAAAGAUUUCCAGUGUGAGGUGCAGCCUGAGCGCCGUGAAGUGGAAAAUUCUGUUCCACGCCCACCAGGCACGGCCCAAGUACCGAUAUCUGUACCCACCAAUUUCAAAGAUCUAGUCCAGGCCAAGGCUGAGGAGAACGGCAUUGUCUUCAUGCCACUUGUGGCCAAACGUUAUAUGGGCAAACAGCUAUUCACAUUUGGCAGAAUAGUCAUCUACAUUGAGCGUGGAGUGGUCUUCGUGCAGGGCGAGAAAACCUGGGUUCCAACAUCACUACAGAGCCUAAUUGACAUGGCCAAAUAAGACUGAUGCUGGUUUGAAUGAGAUUAGGAGAAAUUUAAGAUUGUUUUACCAUAUCUGUCAUAAUGCUGUUUUAUACGUUAAAGAACUGGUUUUGAAAUACAUUUGUGCUUAAAUUAAUGGUGCUUGACUGUAUUGGAUCAAGCUACCAAUUGUGUCUCAGUCAUUUUGUCCAAAUUUGGGAUAAAUCCAAAUGCAAUAACCACUUUCACUUGUCGUUUUGG